AUGGAUACUUCAAAUCAAUCAACCGUCACAAAUCCGUCAUCAAGAUAUAAAGAUAAAUCAUUAAUCUACUUCAUAAAAUUAAUUUUCAAAUUAUUAGCAUAUGAUUCAAUCAUAUGGUUCUUUAAUAUAAUAAUUCAUACAUUUUUUAGAGAUGUUCAAACAAGAGGUUCAUUUUAUAUUCCAAAAACAGGUCCAGUAAUUUUCGUUAUUGCACCACAUCAUAAUCAAUUUGUUGAUGGAUUGGUAGUGAUGACUAAAGUCAAAGAAGCAUCAAAUCGAAGAAUAGCUUUUUUAAUUGCUAAAAAAUCAUAUAAUAGAAGAAUUAUUGGAGAUGCAGCAAAAUUAUGUAGUUCAAUCCCAGUUGAAAGAGCUCAAGAUUUAUUGAAAAAGGGAACAGGUAAAAUUCUAGUUGAUUCAAAUGAUGAUAGAACUUUAAUUGGUGAAGGUACUGAAUUUACAAAAGAAUGUGAACCAAAAGGUUUAAUUGGUUUACCAAAUAGUUUAGGUAAUUCCCAAAUUUUAGAAGUAGUUGAUGAUAAUAAGCUUAUCCUUAAAAAAGCAUUUACAUCCCCCAAGCGAGAAAUUCAAGAAAGAAUUGAUGAAAAAUUAAAAAAUGGUACUGAUUUUAAAAUUGCACCACAUAUUGACAAUCAUAUUGUUUUUCAAAAAGUUUUUGACCAUCUAAAUGAAGGUAAGGUGCUUGGAAUUUUCCCAGAAGGUGGCUCACACGACUCUCCACGAUUAUUACGUCCUUUGAAGCCAGGGAUGGCUAUAAUGGGUCUAGGAGCUGUGACUCAACAAAUUGAAAAAUUCAAAAAAGGUGAAAUUAACAAAAUUACUCCAGUUAGUAUCGUUCCUAUCGGACUUAAUUAUUUCCACCCCCAUAAAUUUAGAUCUAGAGUUGUAAUUGAAUUUGGUAAACCAAUACUAGUUGAUGAAAGAAUGGCCAAAAAUUAUGAAGAAAAUUCACGUGAGGCUGUUGACAAUUUAAGGCUUUUAAUUGAAAAUAAGUUAGAAGAAGUUACAAUGACUUGUGAAGAUUACGAAACUUUAAUGGUCUUACAAGCAGCUAGAAGAUUAUAUACAUCAGGGAAUAGAAAUAACAUCCCCUUGCCAAUGGUUAUAGAAAUGAACAGAAGAUUAAUAAAAGGAUAUGAACAAUAUAAAGAUCAACCAGAUGUAAAAGAAUUGAAAGAUUCAGUAUUAGAAUACAAUAAGAAAUUAAUGAGAUUGAAUUUACAUGAUCAUCAAGUUGAAUCCCUUAAUAGAUCAAAUAGAUUAGAAAAUAUUUGGAUGUUUUUAAAAAGGUUUUUCACAUUUGGAUUAUUUAUGUCUUUAAGUUUACCUGGUAUUAUAUUAUUUGGUCCUAUUUUCAUAGUAUCUAGAAGAAUUUCCAAACAAAAGGCUAAAGAAGCAUUAGCUAAUUCAACAGUUAAAAUAAAAGCAAAAGAUGUUUUAAGUACUUGGAAAAUUUUAGUUGCAAUGGUUUUAGCUCCAAUGUUGUAUAGUUUUUGGUCCAUUAUCGGUACUAUUAUAAUAGUCAAGACGAAUUUAUUAGGUAAAUAUCAACCAUCAUACAUUUGGAUAUUUUUAUACUUCUAUUGUUGGGCAGUUUUAACUACUUAUGCAUCAUUAAGAAUUGGAGAAAUUGGAGUAGAUUAUUAUAAAUCAUUAACACCAUUAUUUUUAUCAAUGUUAAGUAUGGAUCAAGAUAAUUUUCAAAUUGAAAAAUUAAAACAAACAAGAGAAGAAUUAAGAACAAAAGUUAAUGAAUUUUGUGAUAAAUAUGGACCUGGAAUCUUUAAAGAUUAUGAUGAAUUUUAUAAACAAUAUAAUAAAGUUGGUGAAGGAGAAGAAGAAUUUGAAAUUAUAUCUAGACAAAAAGAAGAAGCACAAACUGAAUUUAAUAAAUUACAUAGACAAACAAGUACUUCUUCAUUAGAUUUUAAUUUAAAGAAUCUUUCUGAUAUUCCAAUUUUUGCAGCUGCUGAUUUAGAACAAACUAAUGAUGUUAAUUUAACUAAAGAUUCAGAAGAACUUGAAGAAGAACAGCAACAAGAAGAACAAAUCAAAGAUAAUGAUGAUACUCCAAAAGUUAGGUUAAGAAAAGCCAUGAAAGAUAAAAUUUCAGAAUAA